UCGUGUCUCCUUCCGGUGUUGCAUUGUAGGGCGCAGGCGGAUCUGCGUCUCGGGGAGAGUAAGAGGUUCGUGCUGCGCGAGGCUGUCAUGGCGACUAACAUCGAACAGAUUUUUCGGUCUUUUGUCGUUAGCAAGUUCCGGGAGAUCCAGGAGCAGCAAUUCGGCGGUGGAAAGGUGGGAGCUCAACACAAUGGUGAAAUAAAUUCAUCUGAGCAAGUAAACCCUUCAGAUGAUACCAUUGCAUCUAUUGGGAAUCUUCAGAAUGAUCCACUGGUACAGAAGAUAGAACAAGUAUUAUCAGAAGUGUUGGGUGCAGAAUCACAAUACAGAUCAGAUGAUCAAGAGGAUUUAGUGAAAAAUAAAUCUCGCUCAUAUAAAAGAGGCUUGUCUGAAGAAGUCCAGGAUGAAAUUCCACGGAAGAAGUCGAAAAAGGAUAAGAAACACAAAGAUAAGAAGAAGAAGAAGAAAAGAAAGAAGGAGAAAAAGGAGAAAAAAUACAAAAGGCAGUCCAAGGGAUCAAAAGUAAAUGCCCAGGAAGAUGAAUGUGAAGAACUGUCACCUUGCUCUCAUUCAAAACCAGAAAAUUCAAGCUCCCUGAUGAGCACAGAAGAUGUGGAUAUCCAGUCUGCAUCUGCCUUGACACAGGGUUCUUCAUGGAUUAAAGAAAAAUCUGCACUUGAAAGCCUAAAUUCAACCACAUCAAAUUCACAUGAUGCAUUUAGUUCAGAUACCAGCAAACUGGAUACAUCUGAAGACGAUUCUGCUUUAAUCAGAGGGCAGGAGAUCAGGAAAGUGGAUCUUACAAAUGAGAGAGAACUGCAAAAUGACUCUUAUCAGACUACCAACCUAACUGUGAAUCUGUUCACAGAGAUUGAGUCUUUAAAUACUUCUGAGGCUGAUGGUAGUGUUGUUUGCAUGGCUAGAAGUGGAGUGUCUUGCAUAAAAGAAGUAGAACAGCCUGAAGCUAGUUCAGUGUUGGAGGCAACAGAAAAAGUGAGCGUUCCUGGAAACAGUCCACAUUCUGUAGUAGUGGAACUGGAAGAUGCAGAAAUGAGUUUGGAGUCUGAUACAAUGGAGGUUAAAAGUCUGGAUUCUGUUUCAGAAUCUUUAUAUUCAGACAGCAUGAAACAAUCUGUAACAACUUCAUUUGAAACGUCUGGCUGUAAAUUCAUGAAUGCACCCUUGGAGGCAGUUGCAGAGGCCAAAGAUUCAGUGACAACUUUGGGAUUUUUGGCUAUGGUUGUAGGGAAAGAUUUUGAAGCAACUUCAGAAUUUUUGAAUACGGCAAAAGUAAAAGCUGCUGAGAGAAGUCCAAAACAUACUGCCAUUACAGAUGUGAAAGAUUUAGUGCAUGACACUGAGAGAAUUACUGCAGUAAAAGAUUUGCAGAAGAAUCUACAGUUUGAGUCUAGAGCAGAGCUGAAGGAUUCAGAAGGAACUCCAGAAUCUCUGCAUGAAAUUUCUGGAAAAGGUAUUGAAUCUGUUGUAGAAAGUAAACUGAAGUCCCAGCCAAAUGAUUCGGAAAGAAUUACAAAAUUUGACAUUUUGGCAGAAACUCUUGCUACUGAGACUAUGGCAAGGAAGACAGAAUUAAAAGCAACCCAAGGCUCUGUAAUUAUGAUGGAGUCGCAAGAUUCAGAAAAAUAUCCAGGACCACAGGAAAUUGUAGCAGAUGCAAAAGACUUGAGAAAACCACCAGAGCUGGAGGUUAUGAGUAGAACAAAUUCAGAAGUAUGUGUUUCAGAUGUAGUAGAAGCAAAGAAUUUGGAUACUGCUUCAGCGUGUAAGAAAAUUGACUUGAGAUAUUUAAAAGCAAAAUCUGAUGAUUGUGCAUCAGAAAUGGAAAAUGUGAAUACCGUUCCUGAGCCUCUUGGAAUGAUGGGUGCGAGGACUCUAGAUUGUCCUCCAGGAUUUCAGAAAACCACACAGGAGCAGAAGGGAGAUUCAAAAAUUAUCCAAGAUUCAGAUACAGUAAUUGAGGUGAAAGUUCAUGAAAGCAGUUCACAAUCUAAAGUUCCAGAGAUAAGUGGUUUAGAAGCAAUUUCAGAAACUUCAGAGAUAAUGAAAACACAAAAUCUGGAAUUUUCAGAAUAUUUAAGCAGAGGAGAUAUGGCAAGUGAAAAAAAAUCAGAUCUUCCAGAAUAUGAAUCUUCUAGGAAAAAUGAAGUACUACUAGAAUCACAGAGUCUGUCAAUGUUGCAAGAGUCAGGUACCACACUGAGAAGUGACACACUUACACUUCAGACUAUGGAAGCACAUUCAGAAAUGGCGCGUGUGAGUAAUACUGAAAAUUCGGAAGUACCAUCACAGUGCGAAGAACUGGUAGUAGUGGGAGAACUAGAAGGAGCACCAGGAUCUCGGUUUGCGCUAGGUACAUUAACUGUGAAAACAACACCUCUCUUGGUCCAUGCAACUGAGGAUAAAGAGUUCAAAGCUACUAAAACAGUUGGAGCAGGAGCAAACAUAGACAAAUUGAUGGUAUCAACAGAGUCUGUUGUAUUACAAGAAACUUUUGAACCUGUUUGUGUGAUGGAUGUGAAAGAUUUAGAAGCAAGUCAGAAGUUGGAAACUGAUCUUGACUCUGUGGCCCAAAAAGAAAUCAGUAACUUACACACACAGUCUUCUCAUAAAGCUGGUGUAAAUGCUGCAGAGACACUUAAAAAAACUGGACAUCUGGUAGAUGCUUAUAUCGCAGAAGACAUCCUGACAGCUGCAGAAGAAAAGGACUCUGGACCAGUUCUGGAAUCGGAUGCAAAAUAUUCUGAAUCAUUUUUUGAAUCUACAACCAUUUCAGAAAAAGAUAAUUCUGACACAAAUCUAUCUAUGUUUGUGACAGAUGUCAAAGAUUCUGCAGCAGGCUCCAGUGCUCUAGGUACAGGAGAGUUGAACAAUUUAAAAGCAGUGCUGCACUUUGAAAGAACAUCCACGCCUUUGUGUGCGUUAGAGUCAAGGGAUUCAAAUGAUGCUGUAGCAUCUUUACCUAAAACGGAAAUAAAAGAUAUUAGAAAAACACUGAACUAUGAAAGAGUAUUGGAAGUUAAAGAUCCAGUAGUCUGUGCAGCACAUCUAAGUACACCAGGAGUAGCACCUUCAGAAUCUGUCUCUGUGUCAGAAGUAACUGACGGUAUGGGAUUUAUAGAAUUAAAAACUACUCCAACAGAUACAGGAGAUUUAAAGUCUUCUGAUACAACAGCAGAGACAAAUUCAUUAAUAAUUGAUCCUGAGAUUCAUCUGCAACAAGAACAUUCUUCAAUAGUAAAAUGUUUGGAUUCCACUUCAGAAGCUGAGUAUGUUCUAGAGACACCUGGCAACAAAACUGCUGCAGAAUCUGAAUGUACAAUGGAAGAGAAAAUUUCAGAGGUAAUAUGUCCAGAUAGUGUGGAAAAUCUUGAAGCUAUUCCUAAACAUAUUCAAGAAACAAAGGAUUUGGAAUCUCUUUCACAAUUUGUGCACACUGUGAAUGCAAAAGAUCUGGAAGGAAGUCUCAUAUAUGAAGAUGUGCUAAAUGUUUCAGGAACUACCCCACAGAUUUCAAGUGCAGUAGAAAGAACAGACUUGGCUAAUUCAUCUAUGGUUGCAGAAGCAGUAAAAGAGUCAGAGUACCCUAAAUACCCUGAAGAAAUGCUAGGUAAUGUAGAUGUCAAAAAUGCACAGGAAAAAUUAGGUUUUGUGGCUAUAGUAGAGUUGAAAGAUACAGAACCAACUUUAACAUCUGAAACAGUUGUGGAAUGUAUACAUUCAAAAGAACCAGUUAGUUUUGAAACUACUAAAUGUAAGUCUGUUGGGGAGGUAAAAGUUGCCCAGACAUCAACAGACAAAGAGCCACAGAUGGAUUUUGAAGAAACCUCAAAGUCUGUCUUAAAUUUUGAGAGACGGGAUUUGGAAAGAAAUUCAACCUCUGUGCUUUUGUCAGAGGUAGAUACCUCUGAAGUGUCCUUAGAAUCUGCUCAAGUAAUGCACGUGAAAGACUCAGUUCAUGAAUGCAUGAGUGCAAAGAACAUAGAAAUUUCAGAACAACAUUCAAAAUGUUUGUCUGAGACAGAGCCGAAAGUUCUGGAAUCAGCUGCAGGAUGUGCAGAGUUAACUCAGGCUAAGAAUUUAGAAUUGAUUCCACCACUCACUGAGGAGGCAAAACAUUCAGGAACUACUUUAGAAGAUUCAUGCAUAGCAAAGGAAAAAGAUUUGAAUGGAACUCCUCAACUCUCUUUAGUGGAGCAGGGUAUUAAAGAAGCCCCAAAACCUGUAUGCCCAACAGUAAAAGAUAACUUUGAAACAAACCAACAAAUGACUGUAUUGAAGGACUUGGAAGCAGCUUUAGAACCUGUGCAUGUCACAGCAGAGAAGAGUGUGAAAGUGGGAGAACAGGUAAUUACAGAGACAAAAGACUCAGAAGCAGCUCUUGAACCCAUGCACGUGGAAAAGGAGAAGGACUUGGAAACAACUCUGCAAGACUCCGUGAAGGAUCAUGAUUCAGAGGCUACUCCAAAGUCUUCAGACAUAACGAAGGAAAAUGAAGAAAGUGCUUUGAAAGAGAAAAAAAGUGAAAAGAUAAGCAGCAAAAGUAGAGAUAAAAGUAAGAGUGGGAAAAAAGCAAAAAAGAGCAGAUCUAAAUCUCCUUCCAAGUCAAAAAAGCGUAAAAAGAAGUCUAGAUCACAUUCUACCUCCAGACAGGCAGCAUCAAGAAGAGGACGUUCUAGAAGCAAGACUGAUUCGAGUUCCAGGAAAAAGCAUUCUACUUCACGUCAUAAAUCUAGAUCAAGAUCUGCUGACAAAAAAGAGAGCAAGGAAUCUUCAGUAAGGUCUAGACGGAGGCGUUCACGAACAUCUGAUCUUAAAUCUAGAUCCAGAUCUCCUGAAAAGAGAGAAACCUCAGUAAGAUCAAGGCAGAGACGGUCCAGAUCUUCUGAUCAUCACAAGUCUAGAUCCAGAUCGGUUGACAGAAGAGAAUCAGCCAGAAGAAGGCGAAGAUUGUCAAGGUCCUCUGAUAACCAUAAAUCUAGAUCUAGAUCAGUUGAUAGAAGAGAGAGAGUGAGGUCACGGCGGAGACAGUCUAGAUCUUCUGAUCGUCGCAAAUCCAGAUCGCGAUCCAUUGACAAAAGAGAGACUUCAGUGCGGACAAGGCGAAGACGGUCUCAGUCUUCUGAUCAUUACAAAUCUAGAUCCCGAUCUCUUGACAGAAGAGAGUCUUCAGUAAGAACACGGAGAAGACAGUCCAGAUCCUCUGACCGUCAUAAAUCUAGAUCAAGGUCAGUUGAUGACAGAAGAGAAUCUUCAGUGAGGACAAGGCGGAGGCGGUCAAGGUCCCGUGAUACUCGCAAAUCUAGGUCCAGAUCUGUUGACAGAAGGGAGACGACAGUGAGAACAAGAAGAAGGCGGUCCAGAUCCUCCGAUAAUCGCAAAUCUCGAUCCAGAUCAGUAGACAAAAGGGAGAGUACAGCAAGGAUAAGACGCAGGCGGUCCAGAUCCUCUGAUAAUCGCAGAUCAAAAUCUAAAUCGGUUGACAAAAGGGAGACGUCGGUAAGGACAAGGCGAAGGAGGUCUGUGUCCUCUGAUCGUAAAUCUAGGUCUAAGUCGGUUGAUAAAAGAGAGACUUCAGUCAGGGCAAAAAGGAAACGUUCUAAGUCCUCUGAUCGCAAAUCUAGGUCCAGAUCUGUUGAGAAUGGAGAUGCUUCAGCAAGGUCAAAAAGGAGACGAUCCAAGUCUACUGAUCAUAAGUCUAGAACAAAAUCUGUUGAUAAAAUAGAGUCAUCUUCAAGGUCUAGACACAGAAGAUCAAAGUCAUCAGAUCGUCGAAUGUCUAAAUCAAAAUCUAGAUCUAAAUCUUCUGAAAGAAAAGACAAGGACUCUUUAGAUGGGUCAAGAGGGAAACACUCCAAAUACAGAUCAAAGUCUAAAUCUCUUGAAAAAACAGAGGGAACUGAAUCUUUGGAAGUACCUAUGCGCAAUCGCACAAAGUCUCCUGAAAAACAGAAAUCUAAAUCUAGGUCUAGGUCCAAAUCUGUAGAUAAAACAAGAGAGAAAGAGAAUUUACGACGAUCAAGGAGUAAAGGCUCUAAGUCUCCAGAGCCCAGAUCUCGUAGGCGUAGAACAGUUUCUCGAUCUCGAAGGAAUCGUUCUCGGUCUCGGAAGAGGGGAUCAAGAUCAAAGUCUGUUCAGAGAUCAAGAACACGCUCACGAUCUCGCUCACGAUCAUGUUCAAGACGCUGGAGGAGGACUAGGUCAAGAUCAUUGUCAAGACAGCGGUCUUUAUCAAGGGAAAGGCGUAGGAGAUCUCGGAGAAACCGAUCCAGGUCUACUGACAGAAGAAGGAGAAGAUCUGAUUCAAGAGACAGUUAUAGAAUAUCUCUCAGAUUACGAUCCCGAAGUCGAACACCUGCCCGUCUCAGGUGCUCUAGAUCUACAGGGAGAAGAAGGAGUGCUAGUAAAUCACCUGAUCAUCGUAGAUCCAGAUCUUCAAGCAGGUCACCUAAGCGUCUGACUGACUUAGACAAGGCACAGCUACUUGAAAUAGCCAAAGCAAAUGCAGCUGCCAUGUGUGCUAAGGCAGGUGUUCCUUUGCUACCAAGUCUUAUGCCUGUAAUAACUCCAGAAAAGAAGGAAGAGAAAGUUACCCAAAAGUCAGCAAAAGAGACAAUAUUGGAACUCACUGAGAAAUGCAAGAAGAUUGCACAAAGCCAGGAAGAUGAUGUGAUUGUGAAUAAACCUCAUGUGUCUGAUGAAGAGGAAGAAGAGCAUCCAUUUAUUAAUCAUCCCUUUAAACUCAAUGAGCCCAAACCUAUUUUUUUCAACCUAACAACACCUACCAUAAAGCCAGCACCUCCAAAGACUCAGGUUACUUUGACAAAAGAAUUUCCUGUGUCUUCUGGAUCUCAACACAGGAAAAAAGAAGCUGAUAGUGCAUAUGGAGAAUGGGUUCCUGUUGAGAAGAACAAGGAUGAGAAUAAGGAUGAUGUGUUCCCCAACCCAGCCAAUCUGGAGCCUGUUGACAUCUCAUCAGCACUGAAUGAGAGGCAAAUAGCCCAGAAAAGACUUACAGAAAAUACAUUUGAUUUGGAGGCAAUGUGUUUGUUAAACCGUGCACAGGAACGGAUUGAUGCCUGGGCUGAGCUGAAUUCUAUACCGGGCCAUUUUACAGGAAGUACUGGAGUGCAGGUGUUGUCUUCAGAACAGUUAUCCAACAGCGGCCCCCAGGCUUGGGUUAAAAAGGUAUUCAGCUUUGCACCCAGGAUUGGGUAUUCUUGGAGUUCCCAUUUGUGUGGGCUUUUCUUGUGACAUUGAAUGAAUCUGGUAAAUUGUCAUUUCUUACCUCUUUGGUUUCUAACUCUUUUUGUGCCGGUUCAGAUAUCACAGUGGACUUUUUUUGUGUCAGUGUUGAUUCUUUUUCCUACCUGGAAGUUCUUGCUACUAGAUGUAUGUUAGAUAGUUAACUUGUCCUGUAAACUGAGCAUGGGCUAAUUGACCUUCACAAACAUAUCACAAGGAAGAAAUGAUUUAGCUUCAUCUUCUGACAAGACACCUACAACUUCACUAGACUUGAAAGGAGUUUUGAGGAUUCUCAGUUGAAAAAAUUACCAUAGCAGCAACAUAGUGAAUAUCAGAAUAGGAACAUAUGAAUGUCAUUGGACAACUAAUGAAGUUAAGUGGAAAAGUUUCCCUAUUUAUAGUGUAGUCUUUCUAUUAAAGAUUUCUUCAUUAGUCUUUGCUGAUAAAUUACACUCAAUUUGCUGGCCUUGCUUAUAGCAACUCACUUGAAUUGUUUACUUUAGUUAAAACUAAUUGCGUUUUAAUGUAGCGCUGUAUCUCUGCUACAUACUAGUAGUAUUUUUGUUUGAAUUCUUGCUAUGCAAGAGAGACUUUCCUAGAGUCACACUGUGAUUUACUGUCCAAAAGGAAUUAUUUGUCAUUUGAAGUACUUGUUCAGUUUCGAGACAGUGCUUGCUGAGCUUUGUAAACAAAGGACAAACAUUACACUUGCAUAUGAACUUGUCAAUCUUAAAUUACUCCUCUGUUGGCAGUUACCAUGUAUAAUUCACCAGCUAGAUAUAUUGAAAUGAAUUCUUUGUUUCUUACAUGCCACUGCUGAUAGUGUUCUGAAAUAAUUUGUGGCGCUAUAAAGGUUAGCUGACUGCUCAGUAACAAGUAAAUAAAACCAGCUGUGUUCACUAUGCUGCAUUUGACAAGGAGUUGUGAAAUGCAAUCCAGCAAAGUGAGGCAUGCUUAAGUCUCAAAUUACAGUUCCAACAUAUGUCUGCUCAUAAUCAGGUUCAGUUGAGUUCACUGGAGCUUAUUCGCAUGUGAAUGGAUCAAGGAUUGCAGCCUUAAACCCUAUUUUCAGUUGGACACAUGAUUUUCUUUGGAUGCCAUUAUAAAAAAUUAGAACUGAGGGUAGUCACUAGAUGGAGCUGGUAUGUCUAACCUGUCAAGUCAAUUAGGAAAAGAGAUGCCAUGUUAACAGAGAUGCUCUUUAGAGCUUAAGCACAUUUCAGAACUAUUUAAGACUCUGAUAUCUUUAAGUUUAGCAUAUAUUACUUAAUAUUAAAAAAUACAUCCCACAUUUCCAGAUAAAAUGCCCAUUCAAGAUUUAAUGGACUCUCUUGUUUGUAAACCUGAAGAGGCUAUUAUUCUCUCCCCUAAAACAAAAACUAAUUUUGGAAAAUUAGUUAUAGAAAAUUCCUGCAGACUUCAAAAGACCUUGUGGAAGAGUUGGUCUGUGUUGUCUUUGUGAACUGGAUACACAUUGGUGAUGAAACAGACAUUGUUGAUGAACAUUCUAUCAUUACAAAGCAGGUACAAAAGAGGAGUCGGAGCCCUGGGUGACAUUGACUGGGGUUUGUAUCAUUCUCUGCAUGGUUGCCCUUUUCUAAUGAGAGGUUCCUGGAAAGGAGAGGGGAGGAUGAAAAUGGAAGUAAGUAAAAGCCAUUCUAGGUGUAUCAACUCAAAGCAGUUGGUAACUGGCAUCAGCUAACAUGUCUCUUGUGUACACAAACUGCAUGGCUUGCACCAGUCAAUACAUCUUGGUGAGAGAGGUAAUGUCCGCCUCAGAUCAGUCUUUCCUUACAUCAAAACACCUUUCCAAAGUAAUGUCCAGUUGCAUGAUAUGCAAUCAUCUGUUUAGUUGUAGCAUAGGGGCAUAUUGAUUACUUAAAGGAACUCAUCUUACACUUGUUCUAUCAACAUGACUAUUAGGUUUUUUUUUAUCAGGAAAUGAGGUUUCAUAUUAUCUUGGGUAUGUGACAUUGUGAAGAAGAGCAAGUCUCUUUGCUUUCACAAUCAUAUUUUCAAGAAUUGAAAAUGAAAGCAAAACAGGCUGAAAGAAAAGAAAUGGCUGAUUCUUGUAUUUUUGAUACAGGAAUAUUAAGCACUGUGCCUUUUAAAAGACAACAUGCAAAUUUAUUGUGCUAAGGCUAACACUGUAUAACUUUAACAAAAGCAGUUUGCCACAUUGGGUCAUUGGGUGGGGCAGAAAAGAGAGAUGAUUGUUCACAGAAUAGUCUGUGAACUUUCACCCCUCUAUAUGGAAACUUGUUUCAGGGCCAAAUCUGCCUUGUAGCUGCCUUCUUGCCACGGUCAAUGCCAGCCCUACUAUUCACAACCCUGCGGCCAUCGAGGCCUAG